GAAACAUAUGAUAUAGCAGUAGUUUUCUUAGAUCUAUUGUGAUUCCAGUAAGCCAUUUUUGAUUAUUGUUUUCUAAUGCUUCCCCAUCCCAUAUUAGCAUCAGAGGAUGACAAGGAAUUUGUAGUUCGAACGAUCACGAAUUUGCCCCAAAUAUUGAGUGAAUUUUUUAGUAGCUUGGAAGCAGUCUUCAUUGAUUCUAAAGGAAGUGAGUACCAAACUCAAGCAGGCAUUUUGUACCUAACUGUUCAGAGGCAACUUCAAAUAUUAUGCUGUUUACCAAAGAAUUCGUUCCAUGUGAUCAGCAGCAAAAGCAAGGAAACAAAGUUAGAUGAAGAGCUUCCAAAAUUGCUUAAUCGUCUGAGUAUGUUGUUUCUGGAUAAUUUAAUUGGUCUUGGACCGGAGGCACUUUCAUGGAAAAAACUGUGUUUACAAUUAGCUGAGGACUGCGCGGAACACAUAGAUCACGCACGUAUUGUAUUUCCCAUGUGGAUGAGACUAAGCCGACAGUUUUUGACAAUGAAUUCUCCGCUUUUUAUUUUCAUGAAUGUUAUGUAUUGUGUACUAGUUUUGUCUUGUGUAAGUAUCAUGAUGAUUCUUGCAAGCUUCGCGCCACCUAUACACGUCGGAAUUCCGAUUGGUAGCAUCACAACUGUGCUCUUAUUAUCUGUGUCUGCUAUUCAGUUUGUAAACUUUAUUUUUUCAGUGUGGUCAUUGAAUAUUCUGUAUACGAGGAUGGUUGAGUUACAUGCAAUUAAUUAUGGCAAUACAACGUGUGCGACGCUAAAAUCGGAGGGCCACCUGAUGCAGAAUUACAAGAAGCAAAACGUUAUAAUUCAACCAGACGUGACUACUGACAAUUCCAGAGCAGUGGUGGAGGGGCAACUGACAAAGGAAGCCUAUUACACGAUUCCCUAUGGUAAUGGUGUUGGUUACAUUGAUAGCAGACGGUUGGAUGAGCAGGUAGUUAUGAUUGCAUAUGAUAAAGAUUUCCGAAUCACACGCUGGAACAUUGCCGCUGAGGAGCUGACUGGAUUUUUAGAGGAGGGAUGCAUAGGUAGACCAUUGUCUGAGUUGGUGCAAUGCUCCAAUGGUACCAACAUAUGCGAGGAGCUUCGUCACACAGUGCGCGAAAAAGUGAUCAAAUUAAGACUUCGCGCCUUGGCUAUGAAACCAACUCUGCUUUACACUGCUGUUGCUCCCAUCCUUGAUUCAGGAGGAGAGGAAAUAGGCAACAUUCUUAUUUGCACUAAUACAAAGGACAACUUACAUGAGUAUCGCAAUUAUAUCGGUGAUUACGUAACGAGUGAAAUAUGUGAGUCGUUGUCCCUUAUAUCGAAACGCGAAUCCAUUUCUCCCCAGGAUGCCUUAUCACUGAGAUUCUUGCACAAUUUUACUGAGAACAAUUACGUGCAAGCCAUAAUGGACCUUUGUCAUGAAGUGACCACCGACUGGGAGUGGACGAAUGUAGAGCAACUCAUUGGUAAAGGUCUCAGUAUGAAUCUUAGUCGCUUUAAGGUUGUGGUUGAUCCACUUUUUCCACAGACAUUGUACUUAAGUCCGUAUGAUGCCAAGGCGAUUGGUGUGGUGUCUACUUUGGCAAAAGGGAGGAGUAUUGUGAGUUUUCGAGUGCUUAAUCCCACAGGAAACGUUUUUAGUUUAAGCGUAUCGAUUCGUACAAGUGAUAGUGAUCCGCUAUGGGACCCUGUAUGUGUAGAGGAAAUGUUGAAACCGUUUCUUAAGAGCACCCUUAUAAACAUUUAUUUUUCUAGUAGAAGUGUUGAGCUUCGCUUCCCGUGCCAGGUGGCAACCAUCUUGGAUGAUACUUCAGACAUAUCGGGGGUAAAUCUUGCUAUGCAUCUUUCUCAAGCUCGUGCAGCCAUUACCUCUACUGUAAACGUUGUAACGCUCAUCAAGAACAUGGCAAAUCAGUACAACCUUUCCCUCAUUUUGCUAAAGACAAUGUUUGUUACAUUAGCAAAUGUCCAAGACCGCGCGGAUUUAGAGCGCAGACUCACUGCACGACCCUGUGAAGUGGAUGUGGUGAUUUGUGACAGCGAGUGGCUCUGUACUGCGAGGGAAAUACUCUUAACAAAUGAUCAUGGCGCCAUUAUUAUACCCAUUAUGGACUCUGAAAUAGCACUUUCUUAUGUUUUCAAGUUUGCGAUCCGUAUGCCGAUGGUCGGUCGUGAUUUACUCCAAAUGAUGAUAGAGGUAGGUAAGGUAGUGUCAGAAAAAAAAAGCGCUGCAACCGUACACGAAGAGCGUGAGCGCAUCUUGACUCUCCGACACGACUCUCCUUGGACCAAGGGCCGUCUUCUGGGGCGCGGAUCAUACGGUGCUGUCUAUGAGGCCACAAGUGACAUGACUGGGGGAAAGAUGGCAGUCAAAAUGUUCUACUUUAGUGCUGAACGGGAGGAUUUGAUCACCAAUUUACUUAAUGAGAUCAAGAUCAUGUGCAGCCUCAAUCACCCGAACAUUGUGCACUACUUUUAUUGUGAGCGCAAGGAUAGCGAUGUGAGUCUGUUUAUGGAGCUAUGCGAUGCUUCGUUGACCGAUGUUAUCCUUCGUCGUUACCCCAAGCCGCCAAACUUAAGCGUAGUACAAAUUAUUAAGCAGGUUUUAGCAGCUAUUGAAUAUUUGCACAGCCGUGGCAUCGCUCAUCGUGAUAUCAAGCCACAGAAUAUUUUGAUCAAAGGGGAUUCAAUAAAAUUAACGGAUUUUGGCACGGCGCGUCAAGGUGGUGCCACUAGGGAGGUCCAGGGGACCUUCCGCUAUAUGGCACCUGAGGUCUACAAGGGUCAGUCCCACUCUUUGCCGUGUGACAUAUGGUCGGUUGGUUGUUUAGUGUGUGAGCUUUUUGUAUGCCCACCUAAAUUUAUGGACCAUGCUUCACUUUUAGGGGAAAUGACCUCUUCAUCGGUUUAUCUUGAGGAUGUUCCACCCAAUGUAUUGUUUCGUGAUUUUAUUUACAAAUGUAUUAAGCUGGACCCAGAGAAGCGAAGCACAUCUCAAGAACUUUUGUCACAUCCUUUCCUAACAUCCAGCGAAUUUUCAUCGGAUACAGAAAAAAUGAUUACAAUAUUUGACAACGAAUAUGACACCAACCAACUCCAUCCUGGAAAGCAAUGUGCCUUUUCUAUCUCUUCAACAUAA